UUUAUCUAAUUAAAUUAACUUGUGAUUGAUUUCUCGCCAUAUAUUAAUUUGUUUCUCUAUAAAAGCCAACCCCGGGGUCAUUGAGUUUACAUGUUCAUAGUUCUUGGGAUCUUGGUCUGGGUGAAUGAAGAUGGCAGUAGGUAAGAGAGUCAUGUACGUGUUUUUGACUGCAUUUUUGUGGUUGAAUGCUCAACAUGCUUUUGUGAGCUGUACUUUGACAUCAGAGUUGCAAAGCAAAAUUGCUAAAGUAAACCAAGAGGGUCCUUAUCUAGGUUUAAUCAUACCAAAUUCGUUUGAACUAGACCCUCUUCUUAACAAUCCAGGCUACACUGCUAGUGAUACCAUCAUAGAUGUCGCAGGAAGGAGAUUCCGGUUUGGAGCCAUUGGCGAUCAGUCUGUGAUUUUGGUCAUGACAGGCUUGAGUGUGAUAAAUGCAGCUAUAACGACUCAGCUUCUGUUGAGUUUAUUCUCAGUAGAAGGAGUGGUGCAUUACGGCAUUGCUGGAAAUGCAAACCCCUCCUUGCAUAUUGGAGAUGUAGCCAUUCCCGAAUCCUGGGCUCAUCUUGCACUUUGGAGCUGGCAGAGGUAUGGAUUAGGGGCAGAUAAUACAUUACCAUUGGAAGACAAUGGAGACUACACGAGGGAAUUCGGAUACAUAAAAUUUGCAGAUUUCACCUCAAACGUGACUGGGGACAGUCCAGUUGACAACCAACUAAACAAUAUAUGGUACCAACCAGAGGAGAUUUUUCCCGUUGAUGGCACUCCAGAACAAAGGCAACAUGCCUUCUGGGUUCCGGUUGAUUCCAAAUACUACCACAUUGCUAAAAAAUUGGAGGGCUUGGAGCUAGAGUCAUGCAUAAACGCGACGACGUGCUUAUCAACAACACCAAAGGUGGAGCUUGUGAAACGAGGCAUUAGUCAAAGCAUAUACCUAGACAAUGCAGCAUAUCGUUCUUUCAUCUACAACAAAUUUGAAGUGAGUCCAGUGGACAUGGAAAGUGCAUCGGUGGCUCUUAUAUGCCUUCAACAAAGGCAACCCUUCAUUGCCAUUAGGGCACUCUCCGACUUGGCCGGUGGUGGCUCCGCCGAGUCCAACGAGGCUGAUACCUUCUUGUCAAUCGCUGCCACCAACUCCGUCACCGUUGUCAUUGAGUUUGUCAAGCUCUUGUCACUUCACUCUAAGUCCUGGUCCAUGUAAUAUCAUGCUGUUUCUUUCAGAACUCCACGUGUACUUGUCUUGUUUUGGAAUAAUAAAACUCCUGUGGACCAUAUUUUGAUAAA